ACUUCUCACCACAAUCCCAGUGCAACCUCUGUCUCCAAUCAGCUCUCUCUCGCCCCUGAACCUGAACACAGAUCCUGAACAGAGCCUACAGACUACAGGAAGCUCCUUCUGUGCCAUUGAAGGAAACUGGGCAGGUGUGAAGCAGCUCCUAUAAACCCAGACCAUGGUGAGUGUUUGGGAUGUAGGGCUGAUACUGGGUUGUAUAUGGCUCCCCUCCUGCUUGUGUCAGACUGUCUCUCCUCAAGCUGGCAAACUAAAGUUCCGUCUUGCUGGCUACCCGCGCAAACACAACGAGGGCCGGGUGGAGAUCUUCUAUAACAGCGAGUGGGGCACAAUCUGUGAUGAUGACUUCACUCUGACUAAUGCCCAUGUGCUCUGUCGCCAUCUAGGAUUUGUGAGUGCUAUCAGUUGGUCACAUAGUGCCAAGUACGGAGCGGGCACAGGUAAGAUUUGGCUGGAUAACGUAAUAUGCACAGGCUCAGAAAGCAGCAUUGAGAAUUGUGUGUCUCGAGGGUGGGGCAACAGUGACUGCUCUCAUGAGGAGGAUGCAGGGGUCGUCUGUAAAGAUGAGAGGCUACCUGGGUUUUUGGAGGACAACAUCAUUGAGAUGCAGGUGGAUGAGAACAGAUUGAAAGAGAUCCGCUUGCAUCCUGUCAGUGCCCAAUUGCCUACUACUGAGGGUGUGGUGGAGGUGAAGGAUAAAAAUGGCUGGGUUCACAUCUGUGACAUCGGCUGGACCACCAAAAACUCCCGUGUGGUCUGUGGGAUGAUGGGGUUUCCCAAAGGCAAGACUAUGGCAAAGAGGACACACAGUCACAAUAGUGUGUAUAGGAUCCACUCUGUGGCCUGCAGUGGGAAUGAAGCUCAUCUCUCUGCCUGCACCAUGGUGUUCAGUAAGAACACUAGCACCCCCUGUCCUGGUGGAGGCCCUGCUGCAGUCAGUUGUGUGCCUGGACCCCAGUUCACUCAAGGUCACAGACACAAGAGCAAGCGAAACCGUAGAUCUAAGGUGCGUCUAAAGGGUGGUGCGAGGACAGGGGAAGGCCGGGUGGAGGUGCUGAAGGGCUCUGUGUGGGGUACAGUGUGUGAUGACCACUGGAGCUUGCAGUCGGCUAGCGUGCUAUGCAGAGAAUUGGGCUUCGGUACUGCUAAAGAGGCUCUGACUGAUGCACGCAUGGGCCAAGGCACAGGACGCAUCUACAUGAAUGAGGUACGGUGCCGUGGGGAUGAGAAGAGCUUGUGGGAUUGCCCUCAUAACAAUGUCACUACUGAGAAGUGCAAACACACGGAGGAUGCCUCAGUCAAGUGCAACGUCCCUUACAUCAGCGUUGAAAAAAGGAUCCGUCUGACCGGAGGCCGUACACAGCUGGAGGGCCGUGUGGAGAUUCUGGCCACUAAUGCUGAGGUUUUAGGGGAGUGGGGCCUGAUCUGUGGGGAUGACUGGACUUCUCGAGAGGCCAUGGUAGCAUGCAGGCAGCUGGGACUGGGACAUGCCAGCAGUGGCCUCAGAAUCCGUAUGGUCAGGGGCAGGAAGGACCACGAGGUCAGGGUGGUGGUACAGGUUGGCUCCAGAUGGAGCACUAGGGAGGCCAUGGAGGCCUGCCGUCAUCUAGGCCUUGGUUAUGCCCUGCAUGCAAACACGGAAACCUGGUACUGGGACAGCAGUAACGUGACUGAGAUGGUGAUGAGUGGUGUGAAGUGUCGUGGAGACGAGAUGACUCUAACUGAGUGUCAGCACCAUAGUGUUGUCAGCUGUAAGAAGGCAGGAGCUGCAUUUGCUGCUGGAGUUAUCUGCACAGACACGGCACCAGACCUGGUCCUGAAUGCCCCUCUUGUGGAGCACAGUGUCUACAUAGAAGACCGGCCGCUGCAUUUGCUCUACUGUGCAGCAGAGGAAAACUGUCUCUCUAAAUCUGCAGCCAAUGCCAACUGGCCAUACGGACAGAGGCGUCUACUUCGCUUUUCCUCAGAGAUCCACAACGUGGGCCAGGCCGAUUUCCGUCCCCGUUUGAGCCGUCAUGCCUGGGUGUGGCAUGAAUGCCACAGGCACUAUCACAGCAUGGAUAUCUUUACCAACUACGACCUGCUGGAUCUCAAUGGCACAAAAGUGGCAGAUGGUCACAAAGCCAGCUUCUGCCUCGAGGACACAGACUGCAAUGAAGGUGUUUCAAAACAAUAUGCGUGUGCCAACUUUGGUGAGCAGGGCAUCACAGUUGGCUGCUGGGACACGUACAGACAUGAUAUAGACUGCCAGUGGAUUGAUAUCACUGAUGUUAAACCAGGAAACUACAUACUGCAGGUUAUACUAAACCCCAAUUUUGAGGUAGCAGAAAGUGACUUCACCAAUAAUGCAAUGCGCUGCAAUUGCAAAUACGAUGGCCAUCGAAUCUGGCUGCAUAAAUGCCACUUAGGUGAUUCAUACAGCGAAGAAGCAGAGAAGGAGUUUGAACUUUAUCCUGGCCAGCUGAAUAAUCAGAUCUUAUAACACCAAUCACCAACAAUUCUUUAAGUCACUAUGAGAAUAAUAUCAUAACUUCAUAAUAUACUCAACUAUUUAUUCUUACUGAAUAAUGUUUUAAUAUAGUGUCCACCAAGAGAUAUCUCUUUACCAACAUCUGAGGAGCUCUGUGGAAUACCAUGGACAACUCUCCAGCUUACAUGUGACAUUGGAGCUAGCGUUGCUGCUAACAGCCAUUCCAACUCAGGACCAGUUGAACAAGGUGCCUUAAAUUAGCCCUUUGUCUAAGAAGAAAGAAAAGGAAAUAGCUGAAGGGAGCAGCCCAAUUUAGUACUUCCUAAUUAAUGGACACGUCCAGGACAAACUUCUUUUAAUCCCUAUACUAGAGAAAUAAGCUUUCAGAAAAUUUAAAACAUUUUAAAGAGAAUGUUCAUAAUGGAUGCAUUAAUAAAAUUUGAGCAUAUUUUUCAACAA